AUGCAUCAAUCACACCUUAACCCAGGGGAUCGUCACAACCAGAGCAGUGAGAAGGAAAUGGUUCCCUGCAAAGAGCAGGGUGCAGUCCUUUCUUUUUUUUUGUAUUUCAUUAUCUUUCUGCAGGAUGUUUUCACCCCAGAAUGCAAAUUUAAAGAGUCUGUGUUUGAGAACUACUACGUGAUCUAUUCUUCUACACUGUACCGUCAGCAAGAAUCAGGCCGAGCAUGGUUUCUGGGCCUCAAUAAAGAAGGUCAAAUCAUGAAGGGGAACAGAGUGAAGAAAACCAAGCCCUCAUCACACUUUGUACCAAAACCUAUAGAAGUGUGUAUGUACAGAGAACCAUCACUACAUGAAAUUGGAGAAAAACAAGGACGUUCAAGGAAAAGUUCUGGAACACCAACCAUGAAUGGAGGCAAAGUCGUGAAUCAAGAUUCAACAUAGCUGAGAACUCUUCCCUUCUUUCGUCUCAUCCCUUCCCCAUCU